UUCAGCGCACUCAUUUGCAAAAUGGGGCGAGUAGUACCUGAUCGAUCGGAACCUAGCAAAUCCUUAGGAGAAGAUGACUGUGUUCUUUAAAUCACUUAGGAAUCAUUGGAAGAAAACUACAGCUGGGCUCUGCCUGCUGACAUGGGGAGGCCACUGGCUCUAUGGAAAACACUGUGAUAACCUGCUAAGGAGAGCAGCCUGUCAAGAAGCUCAGGUGUUUGGCAAUCAACUCAUUUCUCCCAAUGCACAAGUGAAGAAGGCAACUGUCUUUCUCAAUCCUGCAGCUUGCAAAGGCAAAGCCAGGAUUCUAUUUGAAAAAAAUGCUGCACCGAUUUUACAUUUAUCUGGCAUGGAUGUGACUGUCGUUAAGACAGAUUAUGAGGGACAAGCCAAGAAACUCCUGGAAUUGAUGGAAAGCACAGAUGUGAUCAUUGUUGCUGGAGGAGAUGGGACACUGCAGGAGGUUAUUACUGGAGUUCUUCGAAGAACAGAUGAGGCUACCUUCAGUAAGAUUCCCAUUGGAUUUAUCCCACUGGGACAGACCAGUAGUUUGAGUCAUACCCUCUUUGCGGAAAGUGGAAACAAAGUCCAACAUAUUACAGAUGCUACCCUUGCUAUUGUGAAAGGAGAGACGGUUCCACUUGAUGUGUUGCAGAUUAAGGGUGAAAAGGAACAACCUGUGUUUGCAAUGACUGGCCUUCGAUGGGGAUCCUUCAGAGAUGCUGGCGCCAAAGUUAGCAAGUACUGGUAUCUUGGGCCUCUAAAAAUCAAAGCAGCCCACUUUUUCAGCACUCUUAAGGAGUGGCCCCAGACUCAUCAAGCCUUGAUUUCAUACACGGGACCUACAGAGAAACCUCCCAGUGAACCAGAUGAAACCCCUCCCCGGCCUUCUUUGUACAGGAGAAUACUGCGAAGGCUUGCAUCAUACUGGGCACAACCGCAGGACGCCCCCUCCCAAAAGUUGAGCCCAGAGGUCUGGAAAGACGUACAGCUGUCCACCAUUGAACUGUCCAUCACAACACGGAACAGUCAGCUUGACCUGAUGACCAAAGAAGACUUUAUGAACAUCUGCAUUGAACCUGACACUGUCAGCAAAGGAGACUUCAUAACUGUGGGAAGUAGAAAGGUGAGAGACCCCAAGCUGCAUGCCGAUGGCACCGAGUGUCUCCAAGCCAGCCAGUGCACCUUGCUUCUUCCUGAGGGAACAGGGGGCUCUUUUAGCAUUGACAGUGAGGAGUAUGAAGCGAUGCCUGUGGAGGUGAAGCUGCUGCCCAGGAAGCUGCAGUUCUUCUGUGAUCCCAGGAGGAAAGAGCAGAUGCUGCAGAGCACAGCCCAGUGAGCAGCAGCAGGAGACGGGGCACCGAGACCACACUUUAGGCCACCUGUGGGACCAAAGGGAAAUGAGGGCCUCAACUGUCCCAACAGUGUUGUCACAGGAUCCCAAGGGCGUUUUCCUAGCAAGUACCCCUCUUUGCAAUCAGCUUUCCAUUAGCGCAUGCUUUUCUUUUGGUGUGACAGUUGAUCCCUCUUAAAUAUUGAUUUUCCUCAGGCUGGUUCAAGGAAGUUCUCACACUCAGUGGAUGGAAAAGGGCUAGAAUUUUGUCUCCCAAAAGUGCAACCACAGUGGACAGCAGGAUCCUUAGACUGUCUGAGCUUUAUUCCUGUUAUGUUCUUUGAGCAUCCUACAAAUUCCAGGGAGGUACCUGCCCUCCCUGGCUACCUUGUCCUGCUUCUGAGCUCCUUCACGGUUGCUGCUGCUCUAUGAGUGCUGGUUCUUAUUUAGCUCUGGUUUCAGUUCUGUCCUUAAUCCAAAACAUAUGUGAGGGUGUUUCCCUUUUCAGCCAUGUAUAAAAUGUUGUAAAAUGCUAGUUUUUUUUUUUUUUCUUUUAAGUAGUGUGUUUCUUAAAUGUUGGUUUGCAUGAGAACUACCUGGGGUGCAUGUUGAAAAUUAACUUACUUGGGUCCACCCUAAACCUAAUAACUCAAUCUGCAUUUAAAAAAAAAAAAAAAAA